UGUUAACUUGUAUCGCUAAUAAUUUAAAACACAUACUCGAUUUUUAAUUUUGCGAAUUAAACCUAAUACAAAUAUGCGUACCCGUUUUGUUUUACAACAGAAAUAUAAUAUGCGAUUCGUUUGUUUACUGUAAUCGGCACACUAGCCCGGGACAAGAGGUUCGUCGAACUUUUUAGCUGCCUCGAGUCUAUGGAGCCAAAAGACAAUACAAACGGCGUGGGCCAGCCAAAAGGGCUGUUCAUUAAAGACCGAAACCAAGAUCAAGUCGAAUUAAAAUUCGAUAACCUCUACUAUACUGUGUCGCUUGGAUUCAAUAAAGGUACCAAAGAUGUUCUCAAAAAUAUCAGCGGCCAUUUCGCCCCAAGUCAGCUGGUGGCAAUUAUGGGGCCCUCCGGAGCAGGGAAAUCGUCUCUGCUAGAUGUAAUUUCAGGCUACAAUUUAAAAGGUGUCCGAGGAAAAAUAACAGUGAACAAAGCUGAAAGACAAUUGGAUCAAUUUCGAAGGGUGUCUUGUUAUAUCCAACAAGAUGAUCGUUUACAACCAUUGCUGACCGUCGGCGAAAAUAUGCAAAUCGCAGCAAAUCUCAAACUAACCGCGGACAAGACUCCUAAAUAUAAAGAAGCAGUGAUAAAUGAGAUUCUAUCGACUCUGGGCCUUGAACAGUGCAAAUUCACCAGAACUGCAAGACUGUCAGGAGGGCAAAAGAAAAGACUGUCAAUAGCUCUAGAACUAAUUAACAAUCCCAUGAUUAUGUUCCUCGACGAACCAACCACUGGUUUGGAUAGUUCUUCCUGCUCACAAUGCAUAUCGCUGUUGCGUCUUCUAGCUCAUCAAGGUAGAACAAUAAUUUGCACGAUCCAUCAACCGAGCGCAACGUUAUUUCAAAUGUUCGAUCAAGUCUACAUCCUGUCCAGAGGCCAAUGCUUGUACCAAGGUUCUACCGGCAACGUAGUGCCUUAUUUAUCCAAAUUAGAAUUGCCUUGCCCAAUUUAUCAUAACCCGGCCGAUUUCGUAAUUGAAUUGGCUUGUGGCGACCACGGUAAUGAUAAAAUUGACAAGAUGAUUAAUGAAAUACAAAAUGGGAAAUGUUCGGCUUGGACCGAUCAAAAUGAUUUACCAGUGGCCAAUGUGCCCGUUAACGAAGAAAUAGAAAUUCCACAAAACAGAAUUACUACUGGAGCGAAACCGAAAAAACACAAAGAACAUGUUUACCACGAAACUUCAUCAUAUAAUCAACUGAAAUGUUUGUUGCACCGUGGAAUUAUAAAAUGUGCGAGAGAUCCGGAUUUGACUUACCUGCGAAUAGGAGUAAAUAUAGCGGUUAGUGUGUUACUUGGCUCUCUGUUUUUACAAAUCGGCGACGACGGCAACAAAAUAUUUGACAACUACAAUCUUUUAUUCUCUGUUCUCAUGCACCAUGUCGGGUCGACAUUGAUGUUAAAUAUUAUUAAUUUUCCUAGUGAAAUUUCGAUACUGACCAAGGAACAUUUCAACAGAUGGUAUUCACUGAAAAUGUACUAUAUCGCUUUGAAUAUUCUCGACGUUCCUAUUUCGACUAUAGGAUGCUUGAUAUUUUCGGUAAUCAUUUAUCUGAUGACCGGUCAACCGAUGGAUUGGUCUCGAUUCGGCAUGUUCACACUCAUAAGCUGGCUCAUGGUGCUAAUAGCUCAGAGUUUGGGAUUCAUUAUCGGUAUCUGGUUUAACGUGAUUAACGGCAAUUUUGUUGGACCGAUUAUCGUCGUCAUGUUGAUGAUGUUCAGCGGUUUCGGCGUUAACCUUCGGGACAUUCCGUGUUAUCUAAAAUGGGGCACGUACAUAUCGUUCCUGAGGUACGGCCUGGAAGCGUUGGUAGCCGCCAUUUACAAAGACCGUCCUCUUCUGCCGUGCGACGACCUCUACUGUCACUACAAGUAUUCGGCUAAGUUCUUGUACGAAGUCGCCAUGCCGGUGGACCAGUUUGGCAACGACGUUAUAGCGUUGCUCAUAAGUUUGGUGGUCACAAGGGUAGCGGCGUAUUACAUGCUCAGACUUCGGGUCAGAGCGAGAGAGUCACUUUAGUUAGUUACCACGUUUUAUAUCGUUUUUUUUUUUUUUUUGUACCCUUGUAUAUUGUUACAUAACAUUACUGACGAUCUAGGUUAAGCGACAUAAACGAUCUGCCAUGAUUUAUAUUAACGUUAAAGUUUCUUUAUUUUUUAUCAUUUUAUUAUUUUAUACGAUGAAUUUAUUACAUAUUUUGUACUGUUUCGAUUUAAAUACAAUACCUAAUAUGAUUUCAAAUAAAAUGUGAAUCAGUCAAACA